CAGAUCUCCUCUCGCCUUCCUACCUAAUUGAUUUCUCCUCCUCUGGCAUUCCAAUAAGCCAGCAGAGAAAGAAGGAGAGGAAUAGAAAUAAAGGAAAAACAAAGCUGAAAAGUGUUGGGGAGCCAAGCAUUUGUCUCAUCGGAGAUUGAUUUUUCUUGAUCUACUGUAGUUUUUCUUGCUCUCUUGACCAGGUUUCUAUUCAAUUUAAGUUUAUAGAAAAUGGCCGACACUGAAGAUAUCCAACCUCUUGUUUGUGAUAAUGGAACUGGAAUGGUGAAGGCUGGAUUUGCUGGUGAUGAUGCUCCUAGAGCAGUUUUCCCAAGUAUUGUCGGUCGACCCCGACAUACUGGUGUUAUGGUUGGGAUGGGGCAAAAGGAUGCCUAUGUCGGUGAUGAAGCUCAAUCUAAAAGAGGUAUUUUGACCCUAAAAUAUCCCAUUGAGCACGGGAUAGUUAGCAACUGGGACGACAUGGAGAAGAUCUGGCAUCAUACUUUUUACAAUGAGCUUCGUGUUGCUCCCGAGGAGCAUCCUGUGCUUCUUACUGAGGCACCUCUCAACCCUAAGGCCAACAGAGAGAAAAUGACCCAAAUCAUGUUUGAGACGUUCAAUGCUCCUGCAAUGUAUGUCGCUAUUCAAGCAGUUUUGUCUCUUUAUGCUAGUGGUCGUACAACAGGUAUUGUGUUGGAUUCUGGUGAUGGUGUGAGCCAUACUGUGCCAAUUUAUGAGGGUUACUCACUACCACAUGCCAUUCUUCGUUUGGAUCUCGCUGGGCGUGACCUCACAGACUAUCUCAUGAAGAUUCUAACUGAGAGAGGUUACAUGUUCACUACAUCUGCGGAACGAGAAAUUGUUCGCGACAUGAAGGAGAAGCUUUCUUAUAUCGCUCUUGACUAUGAACAGGAGCUUGAGACUGCCAAGACUAGUUCGUCGGUUGAGAAGAAUUAUGAGUUACCAGAUGGACAAGUUAUUACAAUAGGGGCUGAGAGAUUCCGCUGUCCGGAAGUUCUCUUUCAACCUUCUUUCAUUGGAAUGGAAGCUGCUGGAAUUCACGAGACUACCUACAACUCCAUCAUGAAAUGCGAUGUUGAUAUCAGGAAGGAUCUAUAUGGUAACAUCGUGCUCAGUGGUGGUUCGACAAUGUUCACUGGAAUUGCUGAUCGUAUGAGUAAGGAAAUCACCGCCUUGGCUCCUAGCAGCAUGAAGAUCAAAGUUGUUGCACCACCAGAGAGAAAAUACAGUGUUUGGAUUGGAGGAUCCAUUCUUGCAUCCCUCAGCACCUUCCAACAGAUGUGGAUUUCAAAGGGCGAAUAUGACGAGUCUGGUCCAUCAAUUGUCCACAGAAAAUGCUUCUAAGAUGUUGUUAAGCAUUCACGGUGAGUAUUACUUGUCGUCAAUCCCUUGGUAAGAUUUUCAUGCUAUGUUUGAAGAAAAUUCCAUUUGCUUGAAGUGGAGAAGUUUGUAGAUGGGAUUGUCAUGGACGCCACAACGUAACCAUAAUGUGUCAUCAUGUCUCGACUAAAAUAGUUUCACAUUCUUAUUGUUUAUGGAUUAUGAGUAUGUAAUUACUUUCUUUUCUUGACAUAUCGUCUUGGACUUCUAUCGGCGAUAGGUCAUUAUAGUUUGAAAGUAAUUGUAGUAUUUCCCAUUUUACGUUUUCUAUUUCUUUUUUGUUAGAUUUCAUAUUUUAGUUGCCCGGCUUAAAAACAAUUAUGUUUUAUUUGUUGUAUGAGAAACUACUAUGUUUAUGGUAGUUUGUAAAACUUAUACUUGAAAUUCCAUGGUAUAAAUUGUGACUAAAUAUUCAACUGA